AUGGUGAGCGUCCUCCCCGUCGCCACAGCCGGCUACCUCCCCUACUGGCUCCUCCUCACCUCCGUCGCCGGCACCUACAAUGCCAUCCAAAACUACUUUGUCAUCUGGCAGUCCAAGGAGGUCUACGCCGGAAAGGCGGAUGAGAUGACUUUCCUUGCGGGCAGGAUCUUUGGCGCUUGGACUAUGCUUGCCAGUCUCAUCCGAGGCCUCGCAUCCUACAAUAUCCACGAACCUGGAAUCUACAGCCUUGCCAUUGGUACUUAUGCCCUCGCUACAUUCCACUUUACAACCGAGCUGUUGAUCUUUAAGAGUGUCAAGCCGAACAGGGCGUCUAUUGGACCUCUUGUCGUCGGAUGGACUGGUCUCAUCUGGACUCUUACACAGAGGGAGCACUAUACUCAAUAG